GGGUAAGAGAAAGACUAACUCGAGUUGCGGUUCCUGAGAAAAAGAAAAAAAAAAGCGCGCGUGUGUGUGUAUGGUUGAUUUUAAUCAGAGCUAGACAGUAGGGGGCAUAAGCAACAAACAUACUCCACAUUUAAAAGAAAAAGUCAUUUCCAUUAUUCAGUCAAAGAAAAAGAUUUUUUGCCAGAAUAGGAGGGAAAAAAAACCCCCAGAAUCAUCGGACUUAAUUAUUUCGUUUCUUAAGCUUUUCAUUCCGAAAUUUUUGUUUAAAUUUUUCCUUACCAAAAGUUGUAAUAGUGAAAGUUCUGGAUUUACAGUUCAACUGAGGACGCAACGAAACAAAAACAUAUUUUUUCCCCCCUUCUUGACGAAGAUAAUUUCAGAAGAAACUAAAGGCAUUCAGGGAUUGGUGCCAGUGUUGUGGAGAGGGUCCUGGGGGAGAGUUUCGCUUCCGCCUCGACCUGCAGAAAGAAUGCUCAGAUAUAUUUGCGUCUCCCCCCCGUUCGUUCUUCAAGCCACGUCUCUCCCCCCUCUGGCAAGCUAUUAGGCGGUUAGUUUCUAACGAGUGAAUCGGAGUAAGUGAGGCGGUGUUUGUUUGUUGUAGCAGUGAUACAGUGAUAGACGCCUGGAGUUGGAUUACCAAUUGUUGUCUAUUGGAUUAGGUCUUUUCCUUUUAAUUGCAGAGACCAAUCCAAGUCAUCAGAGAUUCUCCAGGACAAGAUUGAAUGUUUUAUACUGGGACAAGAAUUUCUUUCUCUUUCACUGUAAGACACUGAUUCCCCACAACAAGAUUUUGAAUAUAUAGCAUCUCAAAGAUAAGUAACAUCAGAUACAAAAUGAUAGCAAGAAGAAAACAAUUUGUUUUACAAAGAUAGUUUCUUUAAAUCUGAAGGAGUUGAUUCUGUAUCUAGUCAGUAUAUUGAAAAGGUGAAAGGUCACAAUGAGCAGUUACGCCAUUUCCGCCACCCCACCACACGAUCGCCACAGCCUGCACCACGUGACGAGCAGCGGGGGUAACUCCAGCGUCCCCAACGUCAACGGAGGGGGUAACUUCUACUACCAGUUCCCUCCCAGCUUCGACAAGCUGCAGCAUGCUUACCACCAGGCCAACCUUUUGGGUUACGCCAGUAAACCCAACUUCAGCGUCAGCCACCUGCUGGACUUGAAGAACAAUAACAACAACGGCUGCAGCAGCCUGCUUAACGACGAGGAGGAGGACGAGGAAGGCGAGGAGAGUGACGAGAACGUGGACAGCAAACCUUGUCUGAUGAACGCUUCCGGCGCCAGCAGCCACGCCGGAAGUUUCCAGCCCUCAGCCCCGAACCACAGCUUCGGCAAAGACAUGGGCGCCGGGAUGCACUCUCACCACCACCCCGGAAUGCCACACCAGCAGCAACAGCAGCACCACCAGCUGCAGAACUACCCGGGGCUACCCUCGCUCCAGCCCCUUCCGGACCAGACUGUUCCCAACAAGGCGACCCCACCCAGCCCCAGAAGCGGACGUACACCCGAGGAGUCCGGGAAUAUGUUGAUUAACUCGGAAAAGUACCUGCCCGGCGUGGCCCGAGUGGACAUGUCUGGCCAAGAUGAGAACAACAACAGCAAUAAUGAAAGCGACGAAGACAGAAAGAGCGAUAAUGAAAGUCGGCGCAAGAGGAAACAGAGACGCAAUAGGACGACCUUCAACAGCACCCAACUGGCGGCCCUGGAACGAGUAUUCGAAAGGACGCACUAUCCUGACGCCUUCGUGAGGGAAGAGCUGGCCAGGAGGGUCAACCUGAGUGAGGCCAGAGUUCAGGUCUGGUUCCAAAACAGAAGAGCCAAGUUCCGCCGAAAUGAGAGGAAUUUGAUGGCCCAACGGCAGACCAUCUACGGAAGAGGCAGCGUGGAGGGAACCCCAAUCGAACAGCCCAUUACUCCUCGCGCUACGCCCAUGUCGACGGAUUAUCUCCCGUGGGCAGGGUCAGGAUACGGCGCCCAGCCUUCCUCGGGAUCGCCAGGGUCGAGCUGCGCCAUGGGGUCGCCACACUCCUUCGGAAGCUCGGCCUCCGUUGGAUCCAGCUUGGCCUGCCUCAGAUUGAAGGCUCACGAGUACAACUCCAGCCUCCAGACGUCUCCGUAUUUGCAUCAUCAGAUGCCUCAAUGAUGAAGUUAAAAACCUACACUGGGAAAUAUUUGUGUAAUAUGAUCAAACAGUAUUCCAUACAUUUUAAGUAUUACAAUUGGUGUGCCUUAUAGGUUUAUUCAAUGUAUUCGUUGGAGAAUUCUACGGAAAACGAAAUUGUCACGUACUAUAUUUAUUCUUUGUUCAACAUUUUAUUUGUGAUGUAAUAAUAAAUGAAGCUUUAUUAACCAACUGACUGCAAGAAAUAAAUGACAUUUAUGUAGCUUAGAGCUAAAAGAAAUCAAUAAUGACAUUGUCAUCCUGGACAUCAAGAACUUUUAAAUAAAUUUGAGAAUUCGGGACAUGAAAUCACAUGAUCAAGUUCAGUCAAACACUUUUUAUUCUGUAAUAUAAAAACAGGACUGCACAAUCUCAAGUAAAACAAAAAACACGAAUGGAAAGAAAUGAAACUAAACAAAAAGAAGAAACAAAUAAUUGGAAGUUUUAGGACUGUGAUGCUCGAACUACGACCCUGGGGCCAUAUUGAGCAUGUAAUGCGGUGAUUUCCGGCCCUUCGAAAGUUCUGCCCACAAAUUGAAGCAGCAGACGACAAGUUUCAUUGAACUCUUUAACAUUCUUUUGCAUUGAGGGGGCACGUGGCAUGUUUCUGAAAUUGAUAUGAAAUUGAUAAGAAAUUGAUAUGGCCACUAAAUUGAAAAAGCAAACCGCUGUUUAAGGAGACUUCAGUGCUGCUUCCAGAGAGUUUUUGUGAAUACAUAGACAGUGUUGGAUUUAUCUGUAGGUAACAUACGCUGCAUCAUGCCCCCCGCCCCCCCCCCCCCAAAUUGCUUAGGAGACCCAAAAAGAUGGUCCAGGGAUAUUUUCAGUCAUUUUGAAGUAAGAACAAAGGAGAAAUAGCCUUAUGUUAAUUAUAUCUCAAAUAGCGUAGGGCCUUAUAAAGACAAAAUCCGUCCCUGAAAACAGGACUACAUCUAUUUCUUUAACCCGACGAAUGACCCAUUGUGAUUUAUUUGACCAUUUCAUGCCAUUCAAUUCAUUCAACUGAGACGCCAUUUUGCUCUCACAGGAAUAGAGGAAAGUAGCUGGUAGCAGAUGGACUCUGAAAUAGACAGAGAGCUCUCACGAAGGCCUCGGGGCACACAUUUGAGGCCAAAAGAAAGCCCUUGCAGAAGACAGGCGCAGAAGAAAAUAUGAAGAAGACCCCCACGAUGCGGAAAAAUACGCAGGUCGCAACUGGUAGCCAUGUGGUAGCCAUAGUCUUUGGAAUCUAAGACAUUGCCAUUAUUAUUACUAAGCUCAACAAACUAUCAAUAUUUGGAAUUUGUAAAUGUUUUGCCUGGCACUGCUAAAUGAAUUACUUUUUUAAACAAAAAAAUUCUAAGAUUAAAACACUUCUUCCAAAUUUCACAAUCUACCUUGAAGACAUGCAAUUUUAAGAUUGACUGGCCAAGUGGUAUGUGAUUCGGAUGGUCGGCGGAGUGGUUUUAGGUUCAGGUCUUGCUGGUCGUCAUCCUCUACCACACUGCCUGUUAUAACCACUGAAAAGUAUAACAUUAACAGCUAAAAGUGUCAUAGCUGUUGCCCGUUCUAGUAGAAUCGAACCAACGACGGAAACCAGAGGAAAGGGAGAAUACCGCCGAUUUAUUUAUUGUUCCUGAAUUGGUAGUCCUAGAUCAUUAUGCGUUGUGUCCCUUGUAUUGUCAAUGAUAUGAGCUUUUAUUUUA